AUGGUGUGGACACAAGUAUCUCAAAUCCAAUGGGAGCGCCCAUUGGAUGGACUAGAAGCCUUCUUCGUCAUUACAGCCAACAUGUCUGCAAGUCUCUGCGACGGUAGAGAACACUACACACUUUUCGCCUCUCUCGAACUCGAAAUCAACUCUCAAGACAUUGAACCAAACCUUCAACAUGCUUGGAAGCAACUGCGAUACGAGCAGCCUCAGAUUGCAUCUACAAUCCAAGACAUGAAAAGAGUUUACACUAUCCCGGACGAAAACAGCUUGAACCGCUGGCUCACCGAAACGUUUAUUAUCUCUGAUGCCUUGAACGCUGAAGAGAUGCAAAGGUCUGUUAAGCCUAUCAAACAGAUUACUCUUUACUACGUCCCCAAGUCUUCGCAGCUUGUGAUCCGUGGACAUCACUAUACCAUAGACGGCACGGGGCUGGAGUUACUCUGCCACAGCUUUCUCAAUGCACUAGCACAUCCUGUUGAAAUUAUUAACUUUGGCGAUGAGUCUUCACGCCUAGCUCCAGUCAUGGAAGAAAUCUUGGGCUUUUUAGAACCAUCUCCCCAAGCGAGAGAGAAAGGUGAGGAGUUACUCAGCAGCUACUUGCACAAUCAACCUGCCAUUGGACCAAUCUCAAAACUUGGCUCUGCGCCAUCCGGAAACUGUCAAAACAUGGAACUGGUUUUCUCACUCGAGACAACUGAUCUCUUGGUUAAAGCCUGCCGCCGUGAAGGCAUAACGGUCACUUCAGCUAUCCACGCAGCAUACGUCUCUGCACUCAUGAAAAAAGCAGACCCCGAUUCUGAAAAGUCUCGAUAUACGUCGAUGAACCAAUUUGACCUUCGGCCUUAUCUUCCCGCGCCGUACAACUCCAGUAAGUAUGCUGCAUCAGUAUACUAUGCUCCCCAUCCACACAUCAUCGAUUUGCCUGCCUCUUAUUGGGAUCUUGUCGAAUCAUUCACCAAGUAUUACAAGAAAACAUUCAAGCAAGACCCAGAUGCUUUGGAGAUGACAGGUGCUUUCAAGCGUGGUAUGCACCAGGUUGUUUCGAGCCCAGAGUUCCUCGAGGCUCCUGCACCCAAAGACGCUCUUGUGAGCAGUCUAGGUAUUGUCGAGAAUUUCAUCAAUCGUGAGUACGGGAAUAAUAUCAAGGUUAAAGAUUUCAAGUUCGGGGCCGAUAUUGUGCUAGGCAUGUCGAUGUUGUUCUUCUACACUUUCCAGGGCAAGUUGAGGUUGGUGUAUAGUUUCAACGAUGGGUUUCAAAGGGCCGAGGACAUAAAUAUUUAUUUGGAAGUCAUGAAGCAGACACUAUUGAAAGAGUUUCAGUUAUAG